UGCCUGUCGAAAAUGUUAUCCUCAAUUGGGUCUUCUUACCACUGUUGCCAGCCGGAAGACCUACUGUGAUCAAGAUACCGCGUUCACUGUUAGGAGUACCGCUCUACAAACUUAAGCAGCUAUUCGCCGAACAGAUACGAAACGACUAUCACUUUGUCCCACAAAUUGACGCAGCUUUUGAAUUUUUCAAGGUUGAGAAUGACGUCCUCAUUGAAGAUACUGGCGAAGACAAUUGGUCGGGGAACUUGACAUUCAACCCGAUUCCCUCGGUCAGGAGUAUCGCCAGGAUUCUCGGAGACAAAGUAGACAACGACGGGCUUCUCCACUUGCUCGUCAAAGCCGAACCCGAUACACGGGAGAUGGUAGAAAAGUGUGACAUUAUGGCCGACCUGCCUGAAAGAAAACGAACCUUGCCUGACAUCCCCAUACAUCUUGGCAACGAUGUUAACGAAAGGUGGGGUAUCAAACGACACAAGAGCCAGUUACCUUCGUGUGCAGAGCUCCUUGGAAUUCUCGAGAAGCCCCUAAGCGAGGAAGAGAAGAUACCCAUCCCGCAGUUCAUAUAUGAUUGGCUCAUUUCCCAUCUCCGCCCCGAUAAGUGUCUCGACGAAGACAUCAGGACUUUGUUCAAAAUAGGGGAACUUGACGCUAACGCCAUUGAGAUCUUCACUGCUGUUCGUACACCUCCGCCUUCAAAUGGUACAAGACGUUCUUUCCUUUCAUUUUGGGACCGCAAUAUCCGCGACAUCCUCGAGCUCCUGAUACCGACUGGGAGAAGCAUCCGUCACAGCAACCAACAUACGAUGACACGAAAGCUGCGCCCGAAUUUUGGCUUCAUUCUCCAGAAAAUACGCGCGUUUCGGGGCGAGGAGAUGGGGCCAGAAGACUCGGGGGGUCCUAAAGCUGAACUGGCAGACAAACUCAACUGGGUUUAUGACCCUGCUCUUUAUAUGCUUGGCUACUACUGCAACGGGCCUGAGAUGACCCUCGCCGCCAUUACUCCUCCCGCUAAUUCCAAAGGAAGCAAACCAGUAGUCCACGACUUAGUACGCGUCGAUUUGAGGUGGAGAAAAGAUCGCAUUCCCAACAUACGCCACCUUAUCAACCUCUCAACCAUUCUCCCCCGUCUUGCGGAGCUUGUGCAGUCGCCCGUUGGUGAUUUUGGACAGAUUUCGGGGACAAAUUCCACGGUCGAAAUCAUGAGCACACUUGUUGUCAAGACCUACACAUGUGAGAAUGCUAAAGCGAAGAUUGACCACCUCCACCGAAUUUAUGCAUUGCUUAGCAAUAAGAUGGUACCCAAUACGGAUAUGCUCCUCUUCGCCAAUGGGAAUGCUGCGUACCUGAAGCCACGCGGAAUUGUUAGCCAUCCUGCAGUUGAGAAAGAACUGCGGGAAUGUCUCAUUUGUGUUCUGAAAUCACUCAUCGUAUGGUAUCUUUUUGGUUUCAUUGAUACUGAAGCUCAUCGGAUCCAGGUCGCUCAUCAAGUACCAAUACCAAUAUAUCACCGCGAUGUUCGGUGGAAUAAUGUUAUUCGCAGGCUCGAAGACCGCUCAAAAUGGUUUCUCAUUGACUGGGAGGACGCCGCCACUCUGCCGACAAGGGCCGAACCGUCCUUUGCACGCUCAAGCCAUUCGCCAGAUAUUCUUAAGGAUGGCCACGGGGCUGAGGUUGACAUUUGGGGUGUUGGCUGAC